AUGAUUGAUACUGUCUCUUUUGGGAUCUGCCAGCCAGCCCCAUCUUCGACAUUUGUUGGAGAUCUCACACACUCCUCGCAACCUUAUCUUGAGCACAAAGAAGAUCAUGGUUCUUCGGAACCAAGUGCUACCUUUUCGCUACAGGAAACUGGAGCUCAUCGUUGUAAGAUACACGUUGAAGAAGAAUUCAUAGAUUUCAGCUAUAUCGAUUUUUCCAAGUUUGAAAAUGGCUGUUAUUCUGAUGAUGAAGAUUUUUGCCUUUUUAUUGAAAACGAGUUAGAAGAAGCUAUUGAUUCUGAGGAAUCUUAUUCUUCUCGUUGUUCUUCUUCCCCAGAAGAACAAGUCCAAGUCCAAAUCCAAGAUGAUGACCAAAAUGAUAACGACCACGAACAAGAUCUGCCUACACCGUCUUGCGAUAUGGGAUCUGAAUCCGGUUCUGAAGAGCUCGAUACCAAAGUUUCGGAAAGUAGUGAUGAUGAUUUUGAUAUGGAAAACGUCAUUUCUGACGCCGAUGAUGAUACUGAAGAGCACGAAUACGCUCCGUGUAUUUAUAAAGUUUACAAUUUUUCAAGCUUGAUGGACUAUCAAAAAGAUUUUCAACUUCAUAAUCAGUUUAGAAUCUCUAGAGGUUGCAAACCUAUUGUUUCUGAAUGUAUUGAAACACCUUUUGGAUAUUUCCAAAUCGAUGAUGGUGUGAGAAAGUUUAGACAAAUUAGAUGA